UCCAAAAGAGGCGACACAGACACCCCGCAUCUGCCUAAUGCAGGGCACCUUGACAUUAAUUUUGGCAAAAUUAGGACAUGCAAAACUAAACUAAAUGAUAUUACCGGUGGCCUAUAGCUAUUAUGGCUGUACAGUGAAAACAAAUGUAUUGCAGGCAGUGUAUGAUACAUAACCAAUUAACCAGAGUUAUAAUCGGAGUAUGAUUUUAAAAUUUUUUUAAUCACCGUAUUCUAGAGUUUCUGUCAAAAAUCUUAAAUCUGGCAGAAGUUUGUUAACAUGGCUAGUACUUCUUCAGAGCAAAAUAAUAUCGCACAAAAAACAUGGGAAAUGUCAAAUAAUAUUGAGAUGAUCAGCACUAUUGAUGAAAUUUAUAGAUAUGAUCGGAAAGAGCAACAGGACAUAUUGGCUGCAAAGCCUUGGGAAAAGGACCCACACUUCUUUAAAGAUAUAAAAAUUUCUGCGUUGGCAUUAUUAAAAAUGGUUAUGCAUGCUCGUUCUGGUGGCACUUUGGAAGUGAUGGGUCUUCUUCUUGGAAAAGUAGCAGCAAAUACAAUGAUUGUUAUGGAUUCUUUUGCAUUACCUGUGGAAGGAACAGAAACAAGAGUUAAUGCUCAAGCCCAAGCUUAUGAAUAUAUGUCCGCUUAUGUAGAAGCUGCUAAGCAGGUUGGAAGACAAGAGAAUGCAAUUGGAUGGUAUCAUAGUCAUCCUGGAUAUGGUUGUUGGUUAUCAGGUAUCGAUGUAUCUACUCAGAUGCUCAAUCAAAAUUUUCAAGAACCUUUUGUUGCUAUUGUUAUCGAUCCUGUGAGGACAAUAUCUGCUGGAAAAGUUUGUUUGGGUGCAUUUCGAACUUAUCCAAAGGGAUAUAAGCCAGCAAAUGAAGAACCAUCGGAAUACCAAACAAUUCCAUUAAACAAAAUCGAAGAUUUUGGAGUUCAUUGCAAACAAUAUUAUUCAUUAGAAGUGUCUUACUUUAAAUCAUCAUUAGAUAGGCGAUUAUUAGAUUCUUUGUGGAAUAAAUAUUGGGUGAACACAUUAAGUUCUUCCAGCCUUUUAACAAAUGCGGACUACACAACGGGACAAAUAUUUGAUUUAUCGGACAAAUUAGAACAGUCAGAAGUUGCACUUGGAAGAGGAUUUAUUUUAGGUGGAACGGAUCCCCAUGAUCGAUGUUCGGUAGAAAAACUAAUUAAAGCAACAAGAGACAGUUGUAAGACAACAAUUGAAAUUAUCCAUGGUUUAAUGGCACAAGUAAUUAAAGACAGGUUAUUCAAUCAAGUUGGUUGUAAGAAUACUGCUGAUGUUCAACAGCAACAAUGGUGAAUUCUAUGUAUAAAGUAUAAAUACUAUUAAAAAUGUAAAGCUGCAGGUACUAUACAUGCAUAGGUGUACUUAUACCAUAAUUAGUUAUUUGAAAUUGAAUGCUGUAGACUUUUUAAUUGGAUCAAAUGUGUACCUGUUCACAAAAUAAGCAUAUUUUGUUAAUUUUAAAUGAA